AUGGACGACCGGCGUCUCCCACCAGAACACGCCAAUCGCUACAGCGGGGCUACCUCGCAAAUCCCCAAGCUCGACCCCAUGGAAAUCCCCAAAUCACCCAUCGUGCCAACGGUGACCGGGGCAGCCAAAUCUCCAGAGCGGAAAACCAGAGUAUACCCAUGGUAUCACCCGCAAGGAUGGUCACGACGCCGACAAAUCCUCACCACUGCAGUGCUAGCAGCAGUGGUGAUUGUUGUCACGGUCGUGGGCGCGGUGAUGGGCGUCCGAGCCAACCGAUAUCCAGAUUAUACACCCCUCAACUACCGGCUGGUCGAUACAUACCAGGGGACAUCCUUCUUCGACAAAUUCCACUACUUCUCCGACGAGGAUCCGACAGACGGCUUCGUGGUUUACGUCAAUCAUCACGCAGCCCGAGAUCUCAAUCUCACUUAUGCGAGUGAUACUUCGGCCAUACUGCGCGUCGACUCGUUCACACCCCGCGCCGUCGGCGGUCGUAACUCGGUCCGCAUCGAGUCCAAAGCUACCUACGACACGGGACUAUUUGUGUUUGAUAUCAUCCACACACCGUAUGGCUGUGGGACUUGGCCAGCUCUAUGGUUGACGGAUGGGCAUAACUGGCCGAUGAACGGGGAAAUCGACGUACUCGAGUCAAAUAAUGAGGGCUCGCACGGCAACGAGAUCACGCUUCAUACGACCGAGGGGUGCAAUAUGGAUGUGAAGCGGAAAGAAACGGGCGACCCCGUACAUACAACGUGCAAUAACAGUACCGAUGGCAAUGCUGGCUGUGGUGUGCUGGGCGACUCGUCCACAUACGGACAGGAAUUCAACCAAAAUGGCGGCGGAGUCUACGCCCUCGAACUACGUACAGCAGGAAUCCGCGCCUGGUUCUUCCCGCGCACCGCAAUCCCAGCAGAUCUCACCAAUCCUACCCUCACCCCUAACCCGUCUACCUGGGGUACCGCACUCGCCGACUUCCCCAGCACAGACUGCGACAUCGCCAGUCACUUCCGGAACCAGAGUAUCAUCGCGAAUAUCGAUUUAUGCGGGGAAUUAGCCGCGCAGCCGCAGUAUUAUGCGCAGAUGUAUAGUUGCCCCGAGACUUGUUCGGACUUUGUGGCGAAUAAUCCGGGGAGUUUUGAGGAGGCGUUUUGGGAGUUUGGGGGGUUUAGAGUGUUUCAGGAGAUUUAG